AUGGCUGGACCAGCAUAUUCAGAAGAAAUGCAGAGUACAUCAUUUACGAUUAGUCAGGAAGAUGUUUUAGAACAAUUGAAGUGCCUAACUUCUGAAAAUGUUUUCAAUUCUUCAAUGUCACCUGGUAAUCUAACUAAUGAAGAAGUAGAAAAUGAAAUGGGGACAAAUGCAGCUAUUCUGAAGUCUGAAAUUACAGUUCUGAAAAAGAAUGCAAGUUGUAAUUCUUCUGAAGACACAAAUAAGCAAAACUCCCCUUUAAAUUCAGAAACAUGUAAAUAUACCAUAAAAUUUAAAAGAAUAGGUGAUAAGACUAUAAAAAUAUGGGAAUGUGGAAUAUGUGGCAGAGAAUUUCAACAUCAGUACACAUUAAUGAGACAUUUUCCAAUUCAUACUGGUGAGAGAAAAUUCAAAUGUGAAGAUUGUGGAAAAGCGUUUCGGCAAAAAAGUACUUUGUCUCAACAUCAAGUUAUUCACAGUGAAGCUCGUCCUUAUGUAUGUGCGUUGUGUAAAAAGACUUUCAACAGAGCAUCAACUCUGAAAUCACAUCAUGUGACCCAUAGUGAACAAAAGCCACAUAAAUGUCCUGUCUGUGGAAAAGGCUUCCAUCAGAAAGGCAAUCUAAGAAAUCAUAUUUUUAUACAUACAGAGGAGAGGCCAUAUAAAUGUAACACUUGUGGAAAAGGUUUCAAUCAGAUGUCUAAUUUAAUCAGCCAUAAGCAGCAUACUCACAGGAAUGCAAAUUUGUAUGUAUGCAGUUACUGUCACAAAGAAUUUCCCCGCAAAUAUGUACUUAGAGCACAUGAAGAAUAUAUACAUGGAAUCAAUUACAAAGGAGAUAUAUAUUUAGAUAAAAUGAGAAAUAAUGCAGAAAAUGAUUUAAAAUCUUCUGCAGCUGAAUAUUCCCCUGAAAGUAGUAUAGCAACCAAGAACAACUUUACCACCUGUGAACAUAAACCUAUAAUAACAGACAUCAAUUGUGAAAAUGAAAAUAAACCGUCUAUUUUAAUUAAUCCUGUGAAUACACAAGCCAUGUUAAGUGCCAAACGAGAAGGUCGAACAUCAAUUGCCCUCUUGAAAACUUCCUUUGAAGAGUCUGUUUUGGUAAAAGUUGUUGAUACGUUAGAUAUGAAGCAAAUGUUGGUUCCAGCUUCAGCCAAUGAUCUCAAAUCCGCUGGUGCCAUAACAACUGUUAAAAGCUUCAAUAUGGAAAACAACAGGUCUGGCAUAACAAAUGCAAUUCAGAUUAAAGUUCCAAUUGUUGCUACAAUUGUUCAGAAAUCAACUGCAGAUGGACAAGCAUUAAUUGAAGUGGAAAAUCCCCAUUUUGAUCAAGAAUCUAAUUGUAACCCUAAACACAUCUUGCAAAAAAAAGAUAAUAAAUAUUCUGCUUCAUUGUUUAUCAAUCAAUAUGAUCUUCAGACAACUCAAUCACCAUCUGCAAACAGUCAGGUCAGCUACUCAGCAGAUUCUAAACAUCAGGAAAAUGUAGAAUAA